AUGGCGAUUGAAGAUUACGAGAACCCAAAUCGAGAAAUCAAGCCUAAGCACAGAAGAAUCAUGGGAGUUGGUGGACCGGAGGAAGAAGAGAACCGGUGGCCUCAAUGGCUGAAACCUUUACUGAAAGAAGUCUUCUUUAGUCAAUGCAGCUUCCAUGGACACUCACCUAAAAGCGAAUGCAACAUGUAUUGCUUAGACUGCACCAAUGGCUCGCUUUGCUCUCUCUGUCUUGCGCAUCACAAGGACCAUCGCACCAUUCAGAUAAGGAGAUCUUCAUACCAUGAUGUGAUAAGGGUCAAUGAGAUUCAGAAGCAUGUAGAUAUCUCCAGCAUUCAGACUUAUGUGAUCAAUAGCGCAAAGGUUGUGUUUUUGAAUGAGAGACCUCAGCCUAAGCCUGGUAAAGGUGUUACUAAUACCUGCACUGUCUGUUUUCGUGGCCUUGUCGAUGAUUUCUUCAGCUUCUGCUCUCUUGGCUGCAAGGUUGCAGGAACAUCAAGAAACUUUGAGAAGAGAGUGAAGGGUACAUCAAUGGAACAAGAGAAUUCAAGCAACAGUUCAGGAGUAGACAAUGACAUUUCAAAUCUGCAGAGCUCUAUCCCAUCAACACCUGAAUUUCCUCCUGGUUCUUUUCGGAAAAGAAGAAGAAAGGGAAUCCCUUACCGAUCUCCACUGCAAUGA